AUGACAUUCUACUCCUCGGCACCACCGCUGAGGGACUUCAGCGAAGCCAAGCCCACGCUGCUCGUGGCCUGGUGGACGACGUUGUUUUGCACUUGCCUGAUCUUGCUUCGUCUAGCGGGGCGUUAUAUUCGAGUCGAGAAGCUCUUUGUCGAGGACAGGAUCGCAGCCGGCGCGCUUAUACCACUUUACCUUCGCAUCGUGUGCGUUCACAUGGUCCUGCUGUACGGCACAAACAAUGCACAGCUCGAAGGAAGCGGACUAUCACCCGUGGAUCUCGACAAGAGAGUCACUGGAAGCCGCGUGGUGCUGGCAUCGCGAGUCUUUUACGCCGCGACACUAUGGACGCUCAAGUUUACCACGCUCGAGUUCCUGGGCCGCCUCGCAGGCGCAUCCAUGAAGAAGCUCUAUCAACGCCUCAUCAUCGCCUUGCGAGUCGUUCUCAUCGCCACCUUUGUCGCCGUUGUGGCCAGCGACCUAGCCGAGUGCCAGCCGUUUGCCAACUACUGGCAGGUCGUGCCGGACCCAGGGCCAAAAUGUCGCCAGGGCUUCUCCCAGCUCCUCACAAUGGGCGUCUCGAGCGCCGUUCUCGACGCCAUUCUCGUCAUUUUCCCGGUUCCCAUCAUCAUUUCGACUCGCAUCGCGACCAAGCGCAAAGUCCUGCUCGUCAUGCUUUUCUGCUUUGGCUUUCUUACUGUCGGCAUCACCGCCUACCGCCUCCCCGUAAUUAUUGAUCAGAAGGGCGACCAAAUCGCCCGCUCCAUGUGGGCUUCCAUCGAGCUGCUCGCCGCCACUACAGUCGCCAAUCUCGUGGCCUUGGGAUCCUUCCUACGAGACAGCGGCGUCAGGAAGACCAAGUUCCGGCCCCAGUACCAUAGCAGCGGCACGGGGUCGCGAUCACGGCAGAAGGGUCAGCCCUCGACCAGUAAUUGGUAUGAGACGGAGACGACGAGGCGCAAUAGGAGUGACAGCGACGACUGGGUGGACGAGGAACGUUCCAAUACGACCACUGACGUACGCGGCGACGCCCAGGCUCGUCAACACAGCGAAGGCAGGGGUGGUGGUGGUGGCGGUGGUGCCAGCCCAACAAACAGCCAUGACUCGCUCAUCCGGCAGGGAACCCAGGGCAUCUUCUCGCGAGGGACCACGGGAGAGGAGCCCAGACCUCCCAGCCCGGCUGUCGUGGCUGGGCAGCGAAGAUAG